GAUUGCUUCGUAUUAUGCAUAUUGCAAAAUUGAAUAGAGUGUCGUUGAUAUCGUGUAAGUGAAUCCAAUGUAAUUAAUUAUAUAUUACUGUUGAUAACAUCCUAGACAAAAAGUAUCAUAAGUAAUGGGGUUGUUUAAGAAAAUGUGUACAAGUAAUGUACGACUUGAUGGAAAAACUGUUGUAAUAACAGGAGGAAGUGGUGGUAUUGGUAAGGAGACUGCCAGAGAUUUUUAUGGAAGAGGCGCUAGGAUAAUUCUGGCCUGUAGAAACAUGGAAAAGGCAAACGAAGCAGUUAAAGAUAUAAAGAAUAAUCCACCUUCCAGAAUUAAAAAAGACGAGUAUCAAAACGGUGCGGGUGAACUUGCAAUUUAUUUUCUUAAUUUAUGUAGUUUGAAGAGCGUGAAAGAUUGUGCUAAAAAUUUACUGAUGAAAGAAGCAGCCAUUCACAUUCUUGUAAACAAUGCUGGAGUGGCUGCGAUUUCAUAUGAAAAAACAGAGGACGGAAUUGAGACGACUUUCCAAACGAAUCAUCUUGGACAUUUUCUUUUGACGCUUCUACUGCUGCCAAAAAUGCAAGCGUCUUCCCCAGGUUGCAGAAUAGUCAAUGUAUCAUCAUUUACUCAUAUUUUUGGAGAUAUAGAUUUUGAUGAUAUUAAUCUAGAAAAAUCUUAUGGCCCACUCAAAAGUUACUUCCAAAGUAAACUGGCAAACAUUCUCUUUACAAGAGAACUCGCUCGUCGAUUAAACAAAGCUAAUGUUCAUGGAAUAAACGUAUAUUCUUUGCAUCCUGGUAAUAUGCCAACGGAGAUAACACAGCACGCUAGUAGUACAAUUUUUCCAGGUGCAAGUUAUUCUUACAGUUUUUUAUCAUGGGUUUUACCAUGGGCUUUUAAGACUGUUGAAGAAGGUGCACAAACAACUAUAUAUUGUUCAAUAGAUGAAAAAACAGCUAAUGAGACCGGACUUUAUUAUUCAGACUGUAAUGUCGCCAUUCCACGAAGAAAAGCGGCAAAUGAUGAAUACGCCAAAAACUUUUGGGAUGUAUCUUGCAAGCUUCUGAAUUUAGAGCCUGAAGAAGAUUUUACUAAAUUUUUGCAAACUGUUUCCCGCCAAAUAUUAUAAAGAAUUUUUUUUUUCUAACUACAAUAAUUGAUUAAACAACUAAUAAUAGAAAAAGAUUUAUCAAGAAAGUUAUCCGGAAAAUUUGGUAUAAAUUGCAUCUUGCCGAGAUCUGAUAAACGCAUUGUUUCUAAAAGUACUUCAAAUUAUUAUAGGUGUGCUGUGUUAAUGGGUUAUUAGGUUACAGCAAAUCUAACAAUUCGACUAAAAAUAUCGAAAAACAUUACACGCAAAUUAGCUCUUUAUGCUUAAAUUAGUAGUCAGAAGCACUCACCAGAUUCCACUCUUUAUGCUAUUAAUAACAUUAUGUGUCUCUCAUGUUAGUUUGAAGUUCACUGAUGAAAUGCAUAAAUAUAUUUUCGAUUUUUAAGAUGUAAACACAGACUCAAUCGAGGAUAAAUUCGAUUGAUUCGAUGAUAAUAAACAUAUAAAUAUAUGAACGAACGCUUCAUCCUCGAUAAAUCGACUAUUGUUGCAAAUGUAUGAUGCAAGCCCUCCGUAUUACUCUGUAAAUUCAAGCUAUUUUUUUUGUCGCUUGAUAAACAACACGAAGACGAGUCUUUUACUUAAUAAGAACUCUUCGUU